UAAAAACGCCUUUCAGUCUGAGCGCAGCAGUGGCUGAGCGCGCACAUACGACGGAAUUUGAUGUGAGAAAAGUCGACAAUUUUGAAGUGAAUCAAAUCACAUAUAACUUUAUACUUACAAACGAAGGCUCAAAGCCAAAGUGUUAGCACAUAUUAUAUAAUAAUUGUAAUACGAAUUGAAGGCGUGUUCCAAAAGUGUUAAUUUUCUCUAAAAUUUCAGCGCCAACGAAACGAAAUAUCCAAAUUAAAGCAUCUUAUAGCUACAAGCUGCCAAAACGCCCAUUUUAGUGAAUGCGCAGCAGGUGAACACCAGCCAAAUAAAUCUUCUGUAACAGGCGAAUUGAAAAAAGAACAAAGCGCUCACUUGUUCUGCUGAGUGUGCCUGCGCCGUUAAGUGUACGAGUAUAUAUAUAUAUUAACAUUAGACGUAACUGUGCGAAGUUCACUAUGAAAACAAAACGCAAAUUGUGUUAAACGCUGAAUUUCGCACAUUUUACUUUACUAUUUUCUACAAAACAAACGAAAAAAUAAGAAAAAGAAUCCGUUUAUUAAAUAAGAAGCGCACGAAUUGCUUAAGUGACAGUGACAGUGUGUGUGUUGUAGUCAUCCUCGCGCAGGAUGGAUGUGAAAGAUAUUAAAGGUGCCAAAGUGACACAUGCCGGUCUGCUGAAGCAUAACACCGAUGGCAGCACCGAAACCCAGAAGAUUACCCAUGCCGGUUUGGUGGCGCGCUCGCCCGAGGGCACCGCCGCCAAGGGUAUGAACAUACGCGGCAACGAGGAUUUAUGGGUUGAAAUACAGGCGAACACCUUUCGCAAUUGGGUGAAUGAGCAUUUGCGUCCGACCGGAAUGCAGGUCAUCGAUUGGGCCAGCGACUUUUGUGACGGCACUUGUCUGUGCGCGUUGGUCGAAAGUCUGCAAACCCGUCCAUUGAAGCCAUCAUGGAAUCGUCGUCCAGCCAAUCAACAUCAUUAUCUUGAGAAUGCCACCACGGCAUUGAAUGCCAUCGAAAAGGAUCACAUCAAACUUGUCAACAUCGGUAAUGUGGAUAUUGUGAAUGGCAAUGUGAAGCUCAUUUUGGGUCUCAUUUGGUCGCUGAUUGUACGCUAUCAAAUUGGUCGCAGUAAAUUCCCGCCCAGGAAGCUGAUGCUCGCCUGGUUGCAAGCGGCGCUGCCCGAAUGCAAAAUCAGCAAUUUGACCACCGACUGGAAUAGUGGUGUUAACCUUGCUGCGCUGUUGGAUUACUGUCAGCCGGGACUGUUCCCACACUGGCGUUCCCUGGAUCCCAAAGAGAGUGUGCAGAAUUGUACGAACGCCAUGAAUUUGGCGCAAAGUAAAUUUGGUGUGCCAAGAGUUCUGGAGCCGGCAUACUUGGCUUCACCGUGGUUGGAUGAAUUAUCCGGCAUGACAUAUUUAUCAUACUUCAUGAAACCGGGCGGCCCCGGUUAUAAUGCUACAAUGCGUUGGGUUAAUACCCAGGUUAAAGAUAGUGUCAAGAACUUUACGACCGACUGGAAUGAUGGUCGCGUUAUGUGUGAGAUCAUUAAGGGACUCGGCGGUCCGGCGCCAGCGCCAGAAAAACUCAGCACGGAUCCUUUUCAUUACGAAAAUAACAUAAGGAAGGCGGUUGAAGCUGGUCAGCGUCUUGGAGUGCAACCUAUACUUACAGCCAAAGAUAUGGCUAAUCCUGAAGUAGAGCAUUUGGGUAUAAUGGCCUACGCCGCACAUUUGCAGUGGGUGCCACCGCGACCACCACUGUCUGACAUGAUCACCGUUUUGAUGGAGAGUAACUCUGGACGUGUCGGUGAACAGACGCACUUCCGUAUCGACGUAGUAUCACGCGAAGUUAGUCUUAGCUCGGUGAAGGCAUUUAUAGUGCCACCAUCCGGUCAGCCACAACCGGUUCGUCUUAAUCCACAUGGCGAAGGUGUCUACAUACCCGAAAAGUAUGGCAUGCAUGAAAUACUCGUAGAAGUUGGCGAUGAUAGUUUAGGUGGACAUUUCUUCCGUGUGCUACCACGUUUUAUACAAGUUGCGCCCCCAGGCAUGGCACCCUGUGCUCUGGGCAGUCUGGUCGAAGUAUUGGUUAAUGCAACUGGCGCACCAAAGACCGAAGAUAUUCUGGUCACUGCCGUUUCACCGACUGGCAUCUCGCAUAAUUGCCCGCUGAAGAAGGUCGAGGAAGGACACAGUGCCAUAUUCAAACCGGAUGAAGCCGGUAUCUGGGAAAUUGCCAUCACCUAUCAAGGGCGACACAUACAAGGUGGUCCCUUCACCUGCGCCGUCUUCGACGCCAGCGGUGUUUCGGUGCAUGGCUUAGACGGCGCUAUGCCACUGCGUGCUCACUCCUUCGAGGUGGACGCACGUGGUGUUGGUGUCACCGGUGAACUGCAUGUGGAUAUUGUGCAUGACAAACGUUCGCUGGUGUGUUCCAUUGAGAAGAUAGUGGAAAAUAAGUACAGAGUCACAUUCAUGCCACGUCAAAAUGGUAAAUAUCGCGUCUACGUCUAUUUCAAUGGUUACGACGUCAAGGGUUCGCCGUUCAUUAUGCGCGUCGGCACCAAAGGACGUUCGGGCAAAACACGCAGCAGUCCGUUGCAUGAGAGCAAACAUCGCGCGGAGAGUCCCUCAAUGCAUUACACCUCAACCACGAAUACCCGACACAAUGACUAUAGAAACACAACAUCGGCGGCAACAUCAUCUCUUUCGCGUCGGGACUUGUUGAAUCACAACGCUGCGGAGCGACAAAGAUCGUAUUCACCGGCAAUAUCGCCGAAGAUCGAUACGCCCGAUUAUCGCACGACAUCCAGCUACUACAAAAGAGAGAGUGAGAUACGCUCGAGUGAAGUACGCACCCACAGUCCAUUGACAAUUAAAACUUCGAUUCCGUACGAAUCUAAUGCGCGCACUUUGAACGCCAGUCCACGUCACACCUCUAUUUCCCCGGUGCAACGUCAUUCGCCCAGCAACGCCUACAUUUCGACGGCCACACAUCGCAUUGGCAGCCCAGUCACAACUUUGAAUAAGAACGGUCUAAAUCGCUCCGAUUACGAGACUUCUCGCACCGUUGAGAAAUCUUCGACUUACAAAUCGACCUCGAAUUAUGUUGCCGAUUCGAAUAUACGUGCCAGCCCUUCACUUUACACAACUGCCGAACGCCUCCGACGUACCGCUUCGCCCGAGCCGCGCAUCGAUCAUUCCUCGAAUGUGCGCGUCUCCUCGAUCAAACCGGCAACAGCACGUCGUGACAGCUGGGAUGUCAUUAACAAAACGAAACAUAUGCUUUCACAUAAUUCGCUUGAAUCUUUGGCAAAUAUGACAGAAAAGCAAUUGAACACGGACCUCUCCUACAAUCGUCCCGACAUCGACCAUGAAACACAUCGUAAUACACAAUAUAAUAAAUUCGCCUUGCAAGAGCAGAAAUAUCACUCAGAUCGUCGUGGCUCACGCGAUUCUGUGGACGAUGCUGAACGUUACAAACCCAGUGCCAUUACCGUUAAAUCACAUUCGAAUAACACUUACACCGACAAAUCGGGUGGUUAUACGAAAACCGUUAAGGAGUCGAGCGAACAUGUCGUUACUGAACGCACCUCUGGUGGUGGUGGCGGUAUCGGUGUCAGUAGUGGCAACGGAAACGGUCAUUAUGGCUAUAGUUCGCUGUCUCGAUUUCGUCCCAUAGAGAAUAGCGCCACGGGUGCCCGUGCUAUACGCGUGCAAGAUAUACCAAACGGUGCCAUUGGACGCCCCGUGGAAUUUGAGAUUGACGGCUCGAAAGCCGGUUCUGGCAAUUUAGAAAUAUUGGUCAAUGGUGGACGUGUCACUUCGUCGGUGCGUUCACUGGGCGGACAACGUUUUGUGGCCAGCUUCACGCCACACGAACCGGGCAUACACACCGUACAGAUCACUUUCAAUGGAGAAACUGUGCCAGGUUCACCGUGGCACGUUGAAAUCAUGUCCACACCCGGUCUAACUGCACUGGGCGAAUCUACACGCCUUGUACCCGCCAAUACGCCGGCGGUUUUUGAGAUACUGCCGCCUCCUGGACAAAGCCUAAGCAAGGGCGAGUGCGUGGCUACAGUUUUGACACCGAGUAAGUCCAAACUGAAUGCCAGAGUCACCCAUGAGGCGGCAAAUGGUGCUGCACGCAUCGAAUUUGUACCCACCGAAGUGGGCACACACAUCAUCGAGGCAUCGAUUGUGGGCACAAAAAUCGCCGGCGGUCCGCUGAUCGCCAAAGUCUACGAUGCCAGUCUAAUACAAGUGACCGAUGUGAAUGGCGGUGUUGUCGGGCAACCGUGUCAAUUCCGCGUCGAUGCGAGCGCUGCUGGCGAAGGUCAGCUGGAGAUAUCGAUUAAUGAAGGCGAAGUACCGAAUCACGUUCAAGUCGUUGGUGGCGGACGUUGUUUGGUCUCCUUCACACCCGAACAGGCGAAAUCACAUCUGAUUGAUAUUAAAUUUAAUGGCGAAACUGUACGUGGCUGCCCGUUUGUUUGCCCUGUUGCAGACACAUCGCGCGUCAUGUUGAAUCUCUCGAAUCUCGAGUUGAUACCCGUCAAUCGGCCGGCAUCGUUUCAUAUCACCGUAAGCGGUGGCGGUGCUGCUGAGUUGGCGGUCAGUGUACGUGGUCCGCAUGGUGAACUGCCGGUGCGCGUGACCGGCGACAUACAUGCCGGUUUCACAGCCGAAUUCACACCCACUAAUGUCGGUGGGCACACGAUUAAUGUUGAAUAUAAUGGCUUCGCUGUACAAGGUACCCCGUUCUUGGCAAAAUCUUAUGAUGCCACCAAAGUGACGGUGGGCAGUGUGUCGCGUGGCACCGUCGGUCGUCCAGUGCAGUUUACGGUGGAUGCUGGCGAUGCAGGCGAGGGUAAUUUGGAGAUUACCAUUUCGGCAAAGGGGCAGAACAUACCGACGCAGGUGCAUCCGCAAGGCAGUGCAAGAUUCUCCGUUUCGUUUGUGCCAACUGAGGCGUGUGAACACACCAUCAACGUCACUUUCAAUAAAAUGCCGGUACCGGGUUGUCCGCUCACAGUGAAUAUCAGUGGCGGCGUGUCCGGUCCACAGGUGUCAUUGGGCGGUCCUGGGCCGGUGCAUCAGCCGAAUUCUUUUGUUAUCAAUCACGCUGGCGGUCGUUUGGAAGAUAUCGAGGUCAACGUUGAAGGACCUGCCGGUCAAUCAGUGCCCGCACAGGUCCAUCAAACCUCGGAGGGUAUCUUCAAGGCCGAGUUCGUGCCACGCGUUGUCGGCGAACAUCGUGUGAAUGUCACGGUCAACGGUUUGUCCACCGCUGGUAGUCCCUACGCAGCUAAGGUUUACGACGUGAACGCCAUCAAAGUGAAGAAUGUCAGCAAUGGCACUGUUGGCAAACCAGUUACUUUCUUGGUAGAAACAUCGCAAGCGGGUCCAGGCAAUCUAGAGGUCACCGUAAAUGGUGGACGAGUGCCGACUUCUGCGCAAGCACAGGGACAACACACCUAUGCCAUUAGUUUUACACCACGUGAUGCACAAAAUCACACAGUCGAGUUACGUUUCAAUGGACAAGAUGUGCCGGGCUCACCGUUCACGUGCCGUGUUUCGGCCGCUGCGCGCAUACAAUCACCCGAAACUUUGGACAAAGUUAGUGUUGGACGGCUUUUUGAGUUCGUCGUUGAGUCCGACACGGAGCCUAGUGUUGAAGUGCUCGGUCCGGCCAGACGCAGUGUGCCCGUCAAGAUCGACGCGUUGGAGGGUAUUGGUUAUAAUAUUAAAUUUGAACCUGUCGAGGUUGGUGAUCAUUCGGUGGAAGUACGUUUGCCUGGCGGUGGUCAUGUCGAGGGUAGUCCAUUCCUACUCAAGUCGUAUUCGGCUGAGAAGGUUAUUGUUACCGAUAUACGUCCGGGAGUGGUUGGUAAAAGUGUGAGCUUCGGCAUCAAUGCCAGUCAGGCUGGUGCAGGCAACUUGGAAAUCAUUGUUGCGGUUAAUGGUAAAAAUGUACCGAAUUAUGUGCAGUCGGAGGGUAAUGCGCGUUUCAAGGUGAACUUCAAACCCACCGAGGCUGCGCCACACUCGCUAUCCGUGCGUUUUAAUGGUCACCCAGUGCCCGGUUCACCAUUCACUUGUCAAAUUGCAUCAGCGCCCAUUAGUUUGCCACGCGCUAUGGCUACCGGUGAAGGUCUCAAGCAAGCGGCUAUCAAAGUUGAUAACACAUUCGAAUUGGAGGGCUUCGAAGGCGUGGAGCCACAAGUUUUUGUGACUACACCAUCUGGUGAUAAUAUUAUAUGUCAAUUGAGUCCACAAGGCGGCGACGCCUACACAGCAACUUUCCAACCUACAGUGGUGGGUCGUCAUUUAAUCAGCAUUACCGCAAAUGAUAAACACAUCAACGGUUCACCCUUCUCGUGCAAUGUCUUCGAUGUUUCACGUGUCAGCAUCAGUGGGUUGGAUCAACAAUAUGGUCCGGCCGCAUUAGGCGUGCCCGUCACUUUCAGUGUAGACGCCGCUGGCGCUGGUGAAGGUACACUUGAAUUGGUCGUUUCCACAGACACGAGCACCGUAAAAGCCGAAGUGGUUGCCUGUGCACGUGGUCUCUACGAUGUGACCUUUGUGCCACAGACCACAGAAGCACAUUAUGUGAAUAUUACAUUCAACGAAGUGCCCGUCGACGGCAGUCCAUUCCGCGUCGACAUACAACAGACAACACAACACAUACAGAUCGGUAGUUUGGCCACCAUUGACUUUCCAACAGAUGAUCAGAUCGCAGAAAUUAUGGGACCCGAUCACAAGCCAGUACCGUAUACCAUUACUAGACAAACAGCGGAAUUCCGCACGCACAUGACCGGUAAUUAUUUGAUACGCUUUAUCGAUCGCGACACGCGUCAGCAUAUCGGCACACGCACCCUCACGGUUUUCGAUCCAUCGUUGGUGAAGAUCACCGAAGUCGGUGAAGCGAUUUGCCAGCAACCAGCUAGCAUCUCGGUAUCGCUCAAUGAAGCUGGUCAAGGAGAACUUUCAGCCAUUGUAAAAUGUGGUGCAACCGAAGUACCACAUUCCAUACGCGGCCCAUCUAAGACAGGCAUUUAUGAGAUCGUCUAUCAUCCCACACGUGUGGCUCCACACAAGAUGACCAUACUCUUCAACGAAGUGCCGAUUUCACUAAAACCAUUGGAGAUCAAUGUGCUGCCUGCGAAUGCCGGUAAGGAUAUCAGUGUAUCAGGACUCGGCUUAUAUCAGGCACGUGUUGGCAAGACAACAUCGUUUGCCAUCGACACCGUUAAAAGACCGGCUCGCGAAUUCGAUGUAGUUGUAUCUGGUCCAGGUGGUCAAGCUUUACCAGUGCGUUGUUAUCAAACUAAGAGUGGACAUUUACAGGCUGAGUUCACAAUCACUAAACCGGGUCAGAGCAUAGUUGAGGUGCUUCAUCAAUCUAAGCCACUACCAGGCAGUCCGUUCACAUGCGAAGCCUUUGAUACCAGUCGUGUUACAGUGCAGGGUGUACCAAAAGGCCAGUUAGCGCUACACAGUCCCAUCUGUUUCACAGUGCGCACCGAUAAUGCCGGUAUCGCCGAAAUAGAGGCCUUCGCGGUAUCUCCCACAAAUCAAAAUCUUCCCGUCCACAUCACCGAGCAAUCAGAAGGCAUAUAUAGUGUUGAAUUCGUGCCAUCCCAACCAGGUGCUUACAAACUAACGAUCAUGUAUGGCGGCGAAACGGUGCAGGGUUCGCCUUUCUCUUUUACCGCAUCCUCAACAGGCGUAAAGACCGAUACGCGCGCCGCCGGCAAUGGUCUGGAGGUAUGCCAACGCAACAAGGAGGCCUCCUUCAUUGUCUACUGUCCCAUUGCACCGAAUGUGCAAAUCGAGCGUGUCGAUGAGUUUGGUGAACGUAUCGAACCGAAGAUCAAGGCUCUGGGCAAUAAUGAAUGGCGUAUUUCGUACACCAUUCUCUCAGUCGGUCAUUAUGAAAUACGCGCCAGUUGUCCGAAUCGCGGUAAUUUACCCGGUUCACCGUGGAAUAUUUCCUGUGUCGAAUCUUCGAAGAUUACACCUGUUGGCGGUUGGGGUACACUACUCGAUCACGAUGGUCGUCUCAUUUUACCAGCACGUAUAGUGUUCGAUAUAGAGAACGCUGGCCCUGGCGAGUUGGCCUGCUCUAUAGAUGGUAUUGAAAUACCCGUUGACAAAUUGAGUGAUGGCAAAAUGCGUAUCUACAUUUCGGCCGACAGUUUAGCACCGGGCGAGCACGAUUUAGACCUCACUUGGAGUGGUCUCACUAUUGUGCAAUGUCCACGUAGUGCUUUCGUCACGGGCCAACAAGCUGCCGACAAAGUGGUGCUCACAGGUCGUGGUCUCGCAGCGGCACAAGCUGGUGAAGCCGCACAUUUCACAAUAGAUGCCACAAAUGCACCUGCCGGACGACCGGAAGUCAUACUAGUACAUCAAGACAACACUUCGGUGCCAGUAAGCUUGGCGCAACCGCGUCCAACAGAAAAUAUUUGGUUAGCCUCCUACACACCGCAGAAGUCUUCUUCUGGUCCGCUAACCUUAUCAGUCAAAUGGAAUGGUCGCCUUGUAAAAGGUUGUCCACUCACCGUCGCUGUCGGUUCUUCUAUGGAUGCUUCGAAAGUCAUCUGCUCGGGUGAGGGCCUUCGACAUGGUAUUGUCGGUAAGGAUAUUAAGUCGUGGAUUGAUACACGUCGCGCUGGCCCUGGUGAGUUAACAGCUCACUGUGCUGGACCACGUAAAGUGGCUUAUUGCGAGCUGUAUGAUCACGGUGAUGCCACAUUUACGCUGAACAUUAAACCACAAGAGCCGGGCAGACAUUUACUGACGAUCAAAUAUGGUGGCCAAAAUGUGCCCGGUUCGCCGUUCGCAUUGAAGGUCGCUGGUGCACCAGAUGCUAGUAAGGUACGUGUCUAUGGUCCCGGCAUUGAGCACGGUGUCUUAGCCACCUUCCAAUCGCGUUUCAUCUGCGACACACGCGGCGCUGGUGCUGGUCAACUGACAGUGAGAGUGCGUGGACCAAAGGGCGCGUUCCGUGUGGAGAUGCAGCGUGAAAGCCAGAAGGAUCGCACAAUACUCUGCAAGUACGAUCCCACAGAGCCGGGCGAUUAUCGUGUCGAAGUGAAAUGGGCUGGUGAAUUUGUGCCCGGCUCACCAUUCCCGGUCAUGAUAUUCGACACUGAAGAAGAGUUGCGACGCUAUUUGCAAGGUAUAUGAGGCCAGAGUAGUAUUAGCACAAUUAUACUGCCCAGCCCUGCCCUCAGUCAACUAACACAACACCAACACCAACAACAACAACACUUACACCCACACCAACACCACCAAACAUUACCAAUGCAACAUAAUACAUUACCAGCAUCACCGCAACAAUAUUAUCGUUCCCAACAACAAAUACGUUUAUCGCCACUGCUGGGCAGUCAGUUACUGAACCAGCAUUACAUAAGCAAUCCGGAUUUCAUCUACGACAUGGGCUCGCGCAGUUGUUUGCGACGUCGCUGCCGACAGGACAACAAUUGCGUGCUGCUUUGACGAACACGCGAAGCACACGUGCCCCAAUGUGUGUGAAGGAAACGUGAAAAAUAAUGGGCGCACGAGCAAAAUAUAAUAUUUACGCCAACUCAUUAGAGAGGUUUACUUAUUUAGAAAGCAAAGGCUCGUAUGAAAAUGCGGUUCAACGGAGUAACUCUGCGGCUACAUACGAUACUACAAACUGGUCACACAAAUCGACGGCGAGGAGAGGCGAAAGAGGGCAGCUAACUCACAGUAACCACAAGUAAAAGUGAGGCAUUAUUUUCUUUUAAAAUUUAUUUUUUUUUUAAUAAAAUAUUUAAGCAAAAAAAAAGUUAAAAAUAUAUCAAAUAAUUAAUUACUUAAUUAAUUAAAAAUAUGUUAUAAUUAAGCAAAUGAUCCGCCCAAUAGCGUGUAUUUAAGCAACGAAAUCUUCCCAAUUGUUAAUCAAUGCAAAAA